AAGAAAGUGAAGACCAAAUGUGAAUUGAAGGCUUUGAACUCUCCAAAGGACACACAACAGAGAAAAGAAUUUUCAGAGAAGAGGUUUUGCAUUUCGUGUUUUGAGUUUCGCGUUCAGUUCUCAAACGGCGUCGUUUCAUGGGCGCUGAAAAAUCCACCAUGGCCAUCACCACUAGGGACAGAGAUCGAGAGCUUCUCAUCCCCGUCGCCGCCGUCGAAGGCCCUGCCGCCUCUUCCUCCUUACCGUCGUCGUCCUCUUCGUCGUUGUCUUCCCCGCAUCAUGCUGGACGUGAGACUUUUUCCAAAGUUAUUAGAAGCUGGGCAUCAAAAAAGUUCAUGUCAGGAUGUGUCAUUCUCUUUCCAAUUGCUAUCACCUUCUAUAUAACGUGGUGGUUUAUUCAUUUUGUGGAUGGAUUUUUCUCUCCUAUCUAUGCUCAACUUGGAAUUAAUGUUUUUGGUCUUGGAUUCAUAACUUCCAUAACUUUCAUCUUCUUGGUUGGGGUUUUCAUGUCAUCAUGGUUGGGUGCAUCUGUCCUGGGUCUUGGGGAGUGGUUUAUCAAGCGAAUGCCACUUGUUCGUCAUAUUUAUAAUGCCUCCAAGCAGAUUAGUGCAGCUAUCUCUCCAGAUCAAAACACACAAGCAUUCAAAGAAGUAGCCAUCAUUCGGCAUCCACGUAUUGGAGAAUAUGCAUUUGGGUUCAUCACCUCCUUUGUUACCCUUCAGAACUAUUCUGUAGAUGAGCAGUUAUGUUGUGUCUAUGUUCCUACAAAUCAUCUUUAUAUCGGUGAUAUAUUUCUUGUCAGCGCCACAGAUAUCAUUAGACCAAACCUGUCUGUUCGUGAAGGAAUUGAAAUUGUUGUCUCGGGAGGCAUGUCAAUGCCACAAGUCCUAUCAACGCUUGAUUCACGCAUCAUACCAGGAGAAAUAAGUAGAAUCAUCAGAAGCUGAAAAUGAAGGGCAUAGAUGUUCAUUUUUACCUGUGUAUAAUGUACUGGUUUUCCACUUGUUAUAGCAAUCCAUUUUUGCAGUGCUUAUUAAUUGAUGACUUUCAACUUAA